AUGGCCACUCUUACAGAAAUCGCACCUCCUGUUGUAACUCAUGAGAGAGAGGUUCAACUGGGGAUAACAAGUCAAGUUGAACAGCAACUACAGCUCAAGUUGUCUGACCUCCGAACGGCGCAGGCGGAGGUACAGCAGCGAUUCCUAACGAUCAUCGCAUCUUUUCAGACAUUCAACCCUAUUCUAUCAAAGCUCAAGGAUGAAGAACGGCUCUCUCAUACUCAAGCGCAGAAGAUUUCCACGCUGGAGGCGGAGGUCAGGGAGAAGAGGCAGAAGAUUACCGAGUUGGAGCAACGAGACCAACGAAAGACUUCCGAGAUGCGGUCUCUAGCCGAUCAUCUGCUCACCGUGACGCAGAAAUAUCAGACCGAGCAGUCGAAUCUUGGCACACUGAAGACCGUCUGUUCAGACUGGCAGUCAAUGUACUCAAGACUACAGAAGGAGAUCGGUGAAGUCGAAGACCGACUCAACAGGCAAAAGCGAGAAACAACCGAUGUCCAAACAAGGUAUGAAGUCCGCCUCGCCAAUCAGCGCGAGACCUCCAAUGACAAGAUAGGAGGUCUAAAGAAAGAGCUAGUCGACCUCAGGCACGACAUAAAACGGGAGCGAGAUAAAAAGGUGGACCUGGAAAUAACGAUAGAAAAGCUCAACGUCGGGAUCAAGAAGCGGGAGGAGGACUCUGAGCGGGAGCUGCAGGAGUUACACUCUAGACUCCGUGAUGCAGAGCGAGCAAGGGACGACGCAAAAAGAGAAAUAUAUAAACUCAAAGAUAGGCUAGAUGCGGAUAAUGCAAAAUUUCAUGCAAAGGCAGGCCUUUGCGAACGAAUGACAUCUGAAAGAGAGGACACUCGUACUCAGUUAAAAGCGCUCGAGGCAUUCAUACGAGAAGAGUUUCCGACAACUGGGACAAAUUUUAGCAAUUCUGGAGAGGACCAAAGUCACCCGGAAGCGGAUAGAAUCGCGAAGAUUGGAAAAUGCCUUGAAGAAAUAUUCCAAGAUCUCAAAUCGUCCCAAGACCAAACUUUGACUCGACAUAGGCUCAUGAUGAAGAGGAUUCGAAGCCAGCUUAAAGAAUCCGAAGAUUCUUGUUCCAAAGGUAAACGGCGACAGAGAACGCUCAGGCGACAAGUUGUAGCCUACGCUAGUCGUUGUCAAGAACUGCAAAAGGCUGCUGAUGAAGCGUGUUGCGUAUCGAGAUCAGAGAUAGAGAUGGCUGAAAGAAGGGUCUCUGAACUGGAACGCCACGAGGAAAGAAGAGAAAAUGAGGUGAAGUCUUUGGAGCAAAAGGCCUUUGAAGCCCUGACGGAAUUAGAGGAGAGGACGAAUGGGGCAAUCGAUGAGGCACAUUUAUCCGUUCUCCGGCUACAGCUUCGAACUUCUGCCAAGCUAUACUCGAUUAAGCGCCGUCACGAGUCGGAAAUCGAGAACAAGGAUCAACAGAUAGCCGCAUUGCACACCAUUGUAGACGCUCAAACCCAGUGCCUUGAUAAAUUCGCUGGAGCCUCCACGGAAGCUAAAGGAGCUGCGGAGAGUCCUACCACUAGGAUUGAAAGGGAGAAAGUAACUAGCUUGACGAUACGCUUACCGAAUCCCAACUCAUUCAGAGCUCGUCAGGAAGGUAACAUGUCUAACGAGAGUUCGCCUACCAAGUCUGGGGGUGCUCCUUCCAUCAGUACCUCGGCCACCUUUAGCGCUUCUGCUUUGGCAAAUGCGAACCAGCCUGGGUCUGUUAUAGAGUUGAACCAAUUGACAUCGACAGCUGCUAGUCACGGCGCGGCAUUGACUGAGGCCCCUUACUUUGGAAGUACUAGGCCCUCCAAUUACUCAGAUCAGGCGAGGAAGUCCACACACGAGAAAGGAGUAUCUACAGUGGAGAAUGACCUAGUAGCCGGAACUCAGGCUAUACCCUUAGUCUCUCAGGUACCUACGACGACCGGAACUGCAUCCAACCUGGCUGAAUACGAGACUUCCAAGAAUUCUGUCGGCUCGCACGAGGCACGUUUGAAAGCUGUAGAGGACCGACUCCGCGCCGCGGAGAGACGCCUCCGUGACGCAGUCAUAGAAAACCUAGAGCUUAAAGACAAGAUGGAGGUCGUCGAUGGACUUGAGGAAUCGCUUCGGUCAACAAAAAAGCAGCUGAAGAAUACGGAAGAAAAACUUAGGGCUGCGAUUGAUGAGAACUCGGAUUUACGUAAACGGAUGUACAGGUAA